AAAAAGUCAAACACAAUUUCACGUUUGCCUUGAAAAAAAUUGUAUAUCAAACCCAUCAACAUGAACAAACCAAAUAACAUCCGCCACCCACACGCCGGCGUAAGAGGCCGCGAUCAGCCGCACCUGCUCCGGAGCAGGAGCAAGAACACCGCGGUCGACACGCACCCCAAGAAGGUUUCGAAAAUUUCCAGAACACCCGAAAAGGACGAGAAAAGCUCGAAAACGAAAAUCUCGACGAAAAAGGCCGGAGACUCAGGGGGCAAUUUCGCCGCGUAUUUGCCUCGAAGCACGAGCAAAUUGGAGGUGCCGAGGAGAUCGAGGUCGGCCACGACUUCUCCAUCUGCGUGGGCGUUGUCCCCUGGGAGGCCGAUGUCUUCGCCGGCACCGCCGCCGGUGACGAAAACUCCGGCGAGUUUGGGGAAGAGGGAAGGGAACAAAGGCGGGACGAUGAGCGGUGUUUUGAGAUUCUUCAGGCAGAACAAGGUGUCGCCGUCGUUGGAAGGAGAGUACCAUCGGUACAGGGUGGCAUAUAACAGGCUGCUACAGUGGAGAUUCGCCAAUGCUCGAGCGGCGGCCGCGAUGGCCGCCGUCAAGGGAGUGGCUCAGAAAAAGCUUAUGAACGCGUGGGUGAGAAUUUCGAUAAUAAGAAACUUAAUGGUGGAGGAGAAAGCCAUGAUCCAAAAGCUGAAACAUCAAAUGAAGGUGUAUAAUAUUCUGAACUCGGAACUGAGUCUGCUCAACGAGUGGGGCAAGCUGGAGCCCAAGAACUCUGAAGCCAUUGGGAGGAUGGUCAGAAAAUUAUCGGCCAUUUCACUGUGUCUCCCACUCGUCCAAAAUGCCGAGGCAGAUAUAAUGUCUGUCAAGGACACCAUAUCAACGGCAACAGAGGUCAUGGACAAUAUAAAAGCAAUGAUUCUGGACAUGCAUUGGCGGGUUGAGAGAAAUUGUUUUUUACUGACGGAGCUAUCGGUCAUGCUAAAGCAGCAGAAGCAUUUAUUCCAAGAGUUGGAAAAAGGGGUCAUGUUGGUGUCAUCCUUAGAGGUUCAAGAGAAAAGUUUGAGAGCCCAUCACAUUCAACUGCACAAGGAAUUGAUUGAGGUUUGAUCACAACUUCACAAGAACUAAUGAAAUCUUUUUGGUGCAAUUUGUAAGCGUACAAUAGGUUGAUGGAAUUACUUUUGAGCCUAAAGGAUUUUGUGAUUCUUACAGUUUUGUAAUAUUCAGUAAUGGAUCAAACUAAAAAUCAAUUUACGCACCCUUAAAAGAAAUUAAAUUGUUUCAAAUUA